UCCGACUCCGACACCCGCCGUCGGCGUGGCCAACUGCUCCCUCCCCCGGCCGGCCGUCCGGCUUGCCGCCCUCGCGGAGAACAGCUUGAGGCUGCUGUUGCCAAAAGAGAAGCCCAAACACACCGGGGUGCGACGGGCUCGGCGACGGGCCUACUAGGCAACUCCUCGCCACAUCUGUUGGGUAGCUGAGUAGCUGCCUGGUGGGCAGACAGCCCAUCGCACACCAGUGUGGUUGGGUGAGGGUGUCCUCGCACUUGUCGUCGAUGGAGGCGAGGGAGGGCAGUGCGUCGCAGGCGUCGCAGCGGGCGCGGGACGCUGCACUGCGAAGCAUCUGGAGCAUCCUCGAGGAGCUCCUAAAGGCCGUCAUCAACGCCCUGCGGCUGCUGCUGGACCCCGCGCCACUCGGAAGCUACGACAUCAGUCUCAACAACUCGCUCAUCAAAGGUCGCCUGGCUGUCCACGACCUGCUGGCGCGCCACCUCCGUGACACCCAGUUCCACGUGGGCUUGCCGAACCCCUUCACCAUGUGCUCCGAGGUGCGCGUCGCGCUGCCGAACCUCACCCUCACGGCGUUCUACGACGCGGACCUCGACGUCGGCUUCGGCGCCGCGGAUGGGGAGGCCAUGGCGAUCUUCGGCGACGGACGUGCGCAAAUCGACUUGCACAACGCGAAACUGACUACGAAAGUCUGUAUAACAUUGAAAGAGUUCUCCGUCAAAGUAGCCGAUAUGAAGAUAUCUCUUGAAAAGGCCGAGGUCAACCUGAAGGGUCUGUUUGGUGGCGGAGCAGUCAGUGACCUCGUCAAUAGCAUUGUCACAGACGUUCUUCCUGACGCGGUUGAAGAAUAUGAGCCAGAGAUAACUCAAUUGGCCAUGAAAUACAUUAACGAAUUUAUAAAAAAGAUGCUACAUAGAGGGAGCGCUACAACAGCCACAAGGGUGACUAACAAUUGUCAAAAAGAGAAGUAUGUCAUUACCGUAUUCAGAGACAUGAUAAAAAUUUAGAAUUGCUGCGACAAAGGCUAUGCUAUUUUAAGGAAUCCAAUUAUGAAUGUAGUCAUAUUUAUGAAUGAAAAUAUUUAUUCCUUGCAGGGUUUAUCAAAUUAUAUAUUAUUAUUUAUUACUAUGAUGGUGUACAAUCUGCAACUUUAUUUCACAUAUUCCAUAGCAAAGUUUUGACCAGCUCAAAAUUGCAAUACCAAUGUGUUAGCAGACAUACACAAAAAAAAAGUACAAUUACUUGUUGAAGAUACACAGAAGUUUUCUUUUUGAAUCCUGUCUAUGUUUUCUGCUACAAAUUGAAAAAGGACAGCUUAAAGUGAGAACUAGAAAUCAACAUGGAACUUAGCUUGAUUUAAGCUACCCGUACACCAAUGUGAAUACAAU